AUGUCGACCCACGUCGGAAUACUGCCAGUUGGCGUCUUAGACGCGCUUGCGGUGAAGCUAGACUCGGAGACGGCGCUCCGUUUUCUGCGGUUGCCCCAUCCGAGAACCGGGAUACCCUCGUUGUUUCUGCCAUAUGUUCCCUUGGGACAGUCUAAACAUACGAUACUAGAGGUGCAAGCCGUUGCGCCUCCGAAUCCACGUUCAUGGUUCAUGAGCGAAGGCGAAGUGAUCGCAGAUGGCAAGCUUCUCAUGAUGACGCCCAUCGACCCCGCUUUUCUGCUCAUGGGUCUCUUGCAGACUAUCCAAUCGAGAGAGGGGAAUCCAGGGCAGUUCCGUCCCUACGAUGAUAUAUUCGAAGAUCUCGUCCAAAUCCUGACCGUCUCCCCUUCCACUCCAUCCACCUCCAAAGAUCCGUCGUUACAUGUCUCACAGGAGGACCUCACCUACCUUGGUAGUCUGGCUUGUGUCCAAUGCGCCAUGAAGCGCAUAUGCGAGUUCAAGGAAAUCACAAGUGACAUUACGGUUUACCGUUAUUCUGCAUCGGCUGCUAUGGCGUAUCUCCAGCCGAAGGUGGCUAGGCUAUCGCAAAGCGCGGUGAUAGAGACAUCUCGAACGCUGGUACGGGUGUUGGCUAAAGAUGGCCUGAUGGAAGACGGGAAGGAGAGCCUACUGGAAUUGGGCCGCAUAAAAGCGGCUUGCGAUCUGCUCGCACAGUACCUUCCUCAGCCCAUUUACACCGAUCUUCUAGCAUCCUACGACUUCACCACGCUAGAUGCCCAUCUGCAAGCGCUUCGCGAAGCGGACGCCGCCGCCAUCCUCGCCAAUGCAUCCAAUGCUGCCCCUACACGGAAGAAAGGCGCGCCAUUGGGGAAGAAAGCAAGCUCGAAAUCCGUCGUGGACGAUGACGAGAAAGGCAAGAAACGGAAGGCGGGAGAAAGUGUCGGGGUGGGCAAAUUGAAGAAAGCCAACGUGAUCGGAAUGAAGCCAAUCAGCAGUUUCUUCGGCGCAGCCUCAAAAAAGUGA